AAAAGCAACAACAUCAACAACAAAAUUGAAAUUGCAACGCAGGAAGUUCCAUAAACAAAAAGCAAAGAAAAAAGAAAUUUAUAAACAAAUCCAAGCUAAACGAAUAUAUAUACAAAAAGAUAUAAUAACGGAUGUCGUCGUCGAUUUGAACAGCAAUAAAAAGUUUAUAAGCGAACGCCAAAUUUUGGAUUAACAUAAGACUAGGUAAUGUGUGUGUGCGUGUGUGUGUGUGUGUGUGUGUGUGUGCGAUGCAAGUGGAGGCCAGUUACCCAAAAUACGCCGGACGCGUGCCGCCGUUGGAUCUGUCGCAGGUGAAUGCCGGACAGGAGCAACUGCAGCAGCUGUGGGCGACAAAUGCAGCGGCGGUUGCCAUGAAGCGUCAUCAUCCCUAUCAAGUGCUGGACAAGUGCCGUGGCGGUGUUGCACUCCUUAGUGAUGACAACAACAACAACAGCAUUGCCAACACAACCCUGCAGCAUCAUCAUCAUCCUCAUCAUCCAAUUGGCUCCGAUGGCUUACCCCUCGAUCCCCGAGACUGGACGCGUGCCGAUGUCUGGAAAUGGCUCAUCAGCAUGGCCGUCUCCGAGGGCCUCGAGGUAACGCCCGAGCUGCCACAGAAGUUCCCCAUGAAUGGCAAGGCCCUCUGCCUGAUGAGUCUCGACAUGUAUCUGUGUCGUGUUCCCGUUGGCGGCAAGAUGCUCUAUCGUGAUUUCCGUGUGCGUCUUGCCCGCGCCAUGUCCCUGCUCUCCUAGUGCACCACCCUGACUAACGCCUAACCAGGUUGUACAUAUACAUAGUAUAUCUAGGUUAUAUAGCAUAUAUGCUUGAUAAAUAUAAUUAGUUGUCUUAGUUGUAACUAGUCGCUAGUGCUCCUAAUCUUAAGUAUUAGCCCUAAUGCAUUUGCUUAUUCGCUUAAGUGGUCGAAGAAAUACCCUGCACUCAUCUGCGAUGCGGGUUGACUUCAAAUGCUGUCCUAUUAGACAAUUAAGUUCCAUCUAAUGAAAAUAUAAAAUGAAAUUUUAUGAAAUCGAA